UAACCUGAACACGGAGAACGCCGCGUGUUUUUGUUUACCUUGUGCUCCUCUCUACGUUGUGCUCACUCAUCUCCCUACUUCUGAUGCAACCCUGUACCGCCCUGCAGUCGCCGGUGAUGCUCAACCACAGGUGGAUGCCCAAUCAUUUGCUCCUCCCCCAGGGUCUCUCAGAUGAGCAAACUGGGUCUGUCACCUUUGUGCUCAUUACCUUCUGCGUCUCCGAUCUUAAUCCAAGCAGGGCGUCGCCCGCAACGCCUGAUGAAUGGCCCCCGUGAUUUGGACAUGACGGCGAUUGGCAUGGUGGGCCGGCCGACCAAAGCUGCUGAACGCUGGUGGGGAACUGUUGUGGAGGCGUUGCUGGCUCCAUUUUCAUCUCAUUCAAGCGGCAUCCAAGCCGAGGUCAUGACCCUUGCUCAUCGCCUGGUUGAGGGUUGGUAAGAGAUAUCAGUUGGCAUGAACUUUGCGGAUACAAGCCAUUAAACUGUUGGCGGGGAAUAAUCUGUCUCGGCAUCGAUUUACGAUAGAUGCUACCCGUAGAUGUAAUUUUCCGGGAUGACGGUGGUUUCAGAGAUUGUCAGCGGCGCUCUAUAGCUUCGCCUUUCAAUGACAACUCAAGGCUCUACUGGUAUUCGCAGCACCUGUGGCCAAAGGUU